AGAGGAAGAAGAGGAAGACGAGGAAGACGAGACGAUGAGUGAAGCUUGGAUCUCAGUCUCCCCUGGUAUCUCAGGCAUGCGCAUGUUUGAGUGCGGAACGAAGACUGCAGAGGAGUGUGCGUGGUAUAAGCAUCGGUGGCACUUUUGGUAUGUAGCGGACUAUGUGUUUGCGCAGCCGACUGUUGCGUUUUUUAUGAGUGGGAUUGGGGUGUUCGUUAUUGCACAUUUGGUCUCGUCGUUAAUUCUGCGGCGGAAGGGUGUAGGCCGGGUGGGGUUGGCGAAGAAGGUAUUGGCGGGAUCGAGGUAUUUGGCGUAUCGGGGGUUCCAUGUUAGGCGGUUGAAGUGGAAUUCUGCGCCGGUUGGAGUUUUGUUGCUUGGUGCGGCUGGUGCGGUGUUCUUUUUUUGUAUGGAUCUGAUCCCGCAACCGUAUUAUUGGGCUAGCAAGAAGUUUGGUAAUUCACCGCCGUUGGCUACACGAUCUGGAUGGCUGGCACUAGGAUGCAUGCCUUUCCUCUUUGCUACGGCGAGCAAAACAAAUUGGAUUACACUGGUCACUGGUGUGUCGUAUGAACGGCUCCAAGUAUUUCACCGAUGGAUUGCGUACGCGUUUUUCGUUCUGGCGCUGAUACACACAUUUCCCUUUAUCGUGUAUCAUGUUCAUUGGCACGAUAUGGAGCACCAUUUUUCGAGCAACCUUCUAUUCUACUGGACGGGGAUAGUAGCACUUGUAUUUCAAGCGUGGCUAACCUUUAUGUCGCAUAGUGUCUUUCGAAACCGCGGAUACGAAUUCUUCAAGGCAACUCACUUCUUUGCCGCUGUCGUCUUCAUGAUAACCUUCUUCUGGCAUUGUGAUCAAACGCUAACAAGUUGGGACUAUUUUGUUGCCACGGCUGCCAUAUACGUCCCUUGCUACGUAUACCCGUGGCUUCGCACGGUGUUCGAAUACAAAUGGACUCAGCGAGCGCAGGUCACAGUUGAAGAUAACGGUUUUAUACGCGUUGCCAUUCCGGCGACGUUCCACUGGACUCCGGGCCAACAUUGCUUCUUACGCUUUACGAGUUUUGGUUUCCUCUCUACCCUGACUGCUCAUCCAUUUACCAUUUGUUCUACGCCUGUCAAAACAUUAGCGGAGUCUAAUGAACUGGUGUUCUAUGUUCGCCGUCAGGGUGGAUUCACAGAUAAACUAUAUCAACAUGCGUUUGCCAACCCCGAUGGCGCUGUCCCGGUUCUUGUGGACGGGCCUUAUGGUGGUGCUAGUUGGCUCAAACUGCGUAAUGCAGACCGUCUUCUAGUUGUUGCGGGUGGAUCUGGUGCCGGCUGGACAUUGCCAUUUGUUGAAUAUUUUCUUCAAUCAGUUGCAAACUCCAUCGACGAAUCAGCACCUCGUACAUCCUACUCGACCUCAACAUCACUACGCGUUGUACUUGCGACCCGCGAUACCAAGAGCCUUUCGUGGUUUGAGAAAACACUGCAAGUCAUGUUUUCACAAUAUCCAACUGAAGUCUUGUCAUCCGUCCAAAUCGAGGUCCACUUCACUGGUGAAGUGGCAAAUCAAGCUGACAUCCUGUCAAAAAUAGUACAGCCAUCAACCCACUCAGUGCCAUCUGAAGCGUCGAAUGACAUCGUCUUUAGUACCGAGAAAGAAGGCGAAACAAUUGUAUCAGGCAAAGAACAUACGGGCCGACCACAACUACCGCUCAUCGUGCAGGAAGAGGCAGAGAAAGCAGCGGAAGCAGAUGAGACGCUGAACGUGUAUAUCUGCGGGCCGAAGACGAUGCAGAACGAUGUGAGAAAUGCCGUUGCAGCCGAGAACCUAAAGAUCAUGACAGGUGCAAGGAGCGGGGGCGUGUAUUUACAUACUGAGCACUUUUCAUGGGCAUAGAUGCAAUAUUCGCACACGCCUGCUUCUUAUUACAAUUCAUCUCGCUAAUUAAAGAUGUA